AUGAGCGGCGACAAGGCAGACGACUUUGGCUUCGGCCGAGACGCCCUCGCGCUGCAGCCGAUAGCGAGCGCUCCAAUCCACGACAACAACAAUAGNACGCCUGUCGACUCCAUCUCCUCCCCUCCUCAACACUCACACGCCCAGUCGUCCACGCCACGCCAUGACCGACGAAGGCCCACGCUAGACGACCGUCGCCAGCCCAGCAUCCGCCUGCGCCGCCUCGGAUCCGCCAGCACCCUAGGCUCGCAACACACGACUGCGACGACUGACUUCGCUGCAAAGCCUUCGGCAGACACGUCUGGCAGGCGCCGCUCGUCGUCCGAGCCCCAGCGUCCACCAUGGGUCGCCGCCAACGCCAACAACCUCAACACCCUGAGCCUUCCGAGAGGUGCCGCACGUCCUACUUCUACCCAUAUGCCUCGCCUGGAAGAGGAGACAGGACGCCCAUCCACAACCAUCCCUCCGGACGUCGACAUUGAGCAAUUGGCCGCUAUCGGAGACCCCGCGACUUUCGAAGAGCCCAUGCGUCCAGGUCUUUGGAAGAGAGCAAGCGUCGCCGCCCUUCAGCCCUUCAGGCGUCAGCCGCACCCUGAAGACAACGACCUGGGAGUCACCCCGAGAAGAAGGCCCCGGCGAGGAACUUGGGCAAACGAAUAUGACUCUGAUCUGGUUGACAUUCUCGAUGUUGUGGAUCCCGAGGUGGCUACUCUGGCAACUCUUACUAACGUCCAAAACUCACUGUUCAUUCCGGACUUGGGCUCGUUCCUGAACCGUCGUCCAACUUAUAAUCUGACUCGUGAACCAAGCUUCUUCCGUGAUCACCAUCCACCAGCCAAAGCGCCUUCCGUCAAGCCUCCUUCCAUCAUGACUCAAAACCGCAUCGAGACAGAUGCUGCAGAUGUCGAAGAUCGUCCGGGUAUGGAUCGCACUUUUACCAUUGCCUCGCACUUGAGCGACACCGAGGAUCACUACGCCGUUCUUCCUCAUGGCCUCAGUCUCGAAGGUUGGAGUCUGGCCGAGAAGCAGGAACUGAACGACCAUGUUAGACACAUGUUGCACUCUCGCCGGGCUGCUUUCAAACGCGGCAUGAAGGGCUUUGGUCAAUAUGUUCGCCGCCCCCUUGGCUUGUUCGUCACGGUAUAUGCCACUCUAAUUACUCUGUUUGGACUUGCCUGGGUUCUGUUCCUUAUCGGAUGGAUCAAUGUCGGAGGUCGACAGUCCUAUAUCAUCAACAUCAUCGAUAACGUCCUGGUCGCUCUUUUUGCCAUCAUUGGUGAUGGUUUGGCCCCCUUCCGAGCAGUCGACACGUACCACAUGAUCUACAUCGCACAUUAUCAUCAUUUGACAUGGAGCCUGCGCAAGAAGCGCAACCUUCCAAAGCUCAAGAACGAGAACGAUCUUCCUGUUCAACCCGGCAUCGAUGCCGACGUUGAGACCGGCUCUACCGCCGACGCUACUUCCGUCAACGAGACGGCUUCUGCUCUCAACGCCGAUGCCAAGUCUAACAGAUCAAUGAGCAAAGAUGACGAGGAGAGCGUGCUCACAGAAGAACAGCAGAGAAAGCUCAAGCAUCACGAGGACAAGUUUUCCAAGUCCCACACUUUCUACAAGCCUCACGAAACCGAAACUCACCACGCCUUUCCUCUACGACUUCUCGUUGCUGUUGUCGUCCUGCUCGAUUGUCACUCCCUCCUCCAGAUUGCUCUGGGCACCUGCACAUGGGCCAUCUCCUACCAUGUGCGACCAUUUGCUCUCACGACUGUCAUUUUGUGCUGCUCGAUUACAUGCAACAUUACGGGCGGUAUCCUCAUCAGUAUCGGUGAUCGAAUCACUCGCAAGAAGGAUGUUGUGGAGCGCAUGUUCAGACAGCAGCUCACCGAGCAAGCCAUCCACAAGAUGGAGAAGCGACGUCAGAAGGAGGGUGAACGUAACGAAGAACUGGACAAGGUUGUGACGAAUUCGGACACUGGAAAGUCACCUCUGAACGGUACUGGAUUGGAACCAGGAAGCAAUCCGGUGCAACCCAAAGUGCUUGGUGCUGGAGUGGAUGCGGCAGAAGUGGUCGCCCGUCUAUAA